UGUUCAAGUCUAAAGGCCUUGCCUUGAAAGAAAAUAUUUAAAGGAAGGAAGGGUUAGAAAAGAGACAAGAAUGUCUGUCACGAUACUGAAGGCAUAGGAUUGGGUCAUUCUCAGAGAGGGGAAAAGAUCAAUAAAAAAUCAUUCCCCUGACACAAAAUUUUCUGAAGGAUCUGUUGCCUUUUUUUAAAGUCUCUGAGUUCUAGUUAGCCUAGUGCAGGAUAAAAAUACCAGUCUUGUGUUCUUUUUUUUCUUGUUUAUAUUAACAAGGCUGCAGACAAAUGCAAACGGCAUGGUUUCUGACUCCAGAAGGCCUAACCCUGAGUGUUCGUACCCACUUCCUGUUUGUCUCACAGUGGACGGCUGCUCUUUCCAGAGCAGUUCUUGAGCUUAGCUUGCAAUUAGAUUUUACUGAAAAAUAUAAACACUGUCUUCUUUCCUCUGCCUCCUCCAUUCAGUGCUCCCAGGAGCCUACAAUGUGUCAGCCCCAAAAGGCGAAACAAUGAAUUUUCAAGAGCACAAAGGACUUGGAUUCAGGAGACAGGGCUAUUCCUCUCGUCCACUGACCGGCACGGUGAUGGAGGACGAAGACUGCAAACGGAUUCUCCCAGACAACCCCACAGAAGCACUGUCCCAUCAUCCUAAACAAGAUGUGUCGGGAGAUCUAAGCGAGAAGGAACAGACCCCAAAGACACUGAGGCUCAUGCUGGUGGGGAAAACCGGAAGUGGGAAAAGUGCAACAGGAAACAGCAUCCUUGGCAGGAACGUGUUGGAGUCUAAACUCAGCGCUACACCUGUGACCAAGGCCUUCCGGAAGGAGAGCCGAAUAUGGUCUGGGAAGAAGCUUGAGGUGAUCGACACCCCUGAUAUUUUGUCCCCUCGGGCUCCUCCGGAAGCGGGCCUCAGGGACAUCUGCACAGCCAUCACCAUGUCCUCCCCAGGGCCGCACGCGGUGCUCCUGGUGACACAGCUGGGCCGGUUCACAGAGCAGGACCAGCAGGUGGUCAGGCGCCUCCAGGAGGUCUUCGGAACAGGCGUCCUGGCCUACACCGUCCUGGUGUUCACGCGGAAGGAAGACCUGGAGGGCGGCUCUCUGGAUGACUACGUGCGGGACACCGACAACCGGGAACUCGCUCACCUGGACGAGAUGUGUGCGCGGCGCCACUGCGGCUUCAACAACAAGGCGGGGGAGGCGGAGCAGGAGGCACAGCUGCAGGAGCUCAUGGACAGCAUCGAGGGCGUCCUGUGGGAGAACGAAGGCCGUUGUUACAGCAACAAGGCUUACCAAUACUACCAGCACGUGCAGGGCAGGCACAGCAUCCAGGAUCCACGCCCUGAGGGAGUGCCCGGCGAGGAGUCCUGGAGGGAGGACCUGUGCCGAAUCCAGAAGGAGUCUGAGGAAGCCAACAGACUUCUCCUGGAGGAGACCUGCUGGACCCCCAACUGGAGCACCUACUGGAGCACCUAUUGGAGCACCUACUGGAGCACAUACUGGAGCACCUACUGGAAACCUACAGGAGCACCCACUGGAGCACCUACUGGAGCACCUACUGCAGCACAUAAUGGCUCUAGUGAGAGCAGCUGUUUCCCGAGAGCCUCCCUCAGCCCCCGUGUCCAGCUGCCAGGCCAUCACUUGCCCUCCCAUCCCAUGGGUCACUGAGCAUCCCAGCCUGCAGAUCCAUGUCUGGAGGGGAUGUGGGCUCCAGAGUUCCCAUCUCGCUAUCGGCUCCUUCAUCACAUCGCCCAGAAGACAUGGGCGCUGCUUCCUCUGCCUCCUCCACACUCUUCUCAGGUGGAACCUCACACCGUUGGUGUAGCAUUUCUUGACGUUCUUCUCUUUAUCCUGACAGAAGCAAAGCCUCCUGAGGGCAGCCUGUGCCUCAUUCUUCCAUGUAACCCCCACAGCGUCCUGGUCACUGGACUCUCUCCUUAAGCGAUGAGAGCAAAUCAGUGUGGGACAGUGACCAGGUGACUUGACAUCUCUUGGGCUAUGUCCUGGCCUGUAAGGGGGCAGGCAUAAUGACUUGUAAGGUUUGUGCUGUGGGUGGUGGCUCAGGACAUAACAAUAGCUCUGUGACAUGUGGGGAGGGACAGCUGCUGGGCUGGGGAGGAGAAGGCCAGUAGAAACAGGAGGGACAGGAGGAGAAUCCCUUUAUUCACCCCUGAAAGAGGCCAUCGAAUCACAACCAGUGAGCUCCGUGGGAACUUCCUGGCGGCAAUGAUGGCAAAGUGGGGUGGGGGCAUCGAAGAAGCCAAGCCUGGUCAGGAA